AGCUAGGGAGGGCGGGUGCGGGACGGGACGUGCCCCGGAAGUAACCUUGCGGGAAAGAGGCGAGACCGCUGCGGGGCCCGGCGCGACCGGCGGCCAUGUUCCACUUCUUCCGGAAGUCUCCCGAGCCCAAGAAGGCGCCGGCGCCCGAGAGAGAAGCCGACGGGUUCGUCCUCCUGGGUGACACAGCAGGCGAGCACAGGGGCCCCUCAGAAGCAGCAAAGCAGCCAGCCGAGGCAGACGAGGGAGGUCUGCACCUGGGCAGCGGGCCCGGCCCCGCGAAGGAGGGCGAAGGCCAGGCCGUGGAGAGCAGCGCCCUGGCCUCGGAGCUGCUCCGGGACGUGCCCUUCACGUUGGCGCCCCACGUGCUGGCGGUACAGGGCGCCGUCAGUGACCUCCCGAGCCACCUGACCUCCGAGGUCCACGACGACUUGUCGCGCUUCUUGUACGACUUCACUCUGGAGAACUCGGUGCUCUGUGAGCCCUGAGCCCGGGCGCCCCCGGCCAGGAGCACUCUCCUGCCCAGCCUUGUCUCGCUCUGCGAGGACCUCGGGCAGAGGGGCCGUCUGGGGUCAGCUGCCCCAUGUUGUGGCCCCUGCGGAACGGCGGCUUUCCCCUCCAGAAACGUGACUCCGCACCUUUCCCUGCAAGCAGGAGGACGUGGAGCCGCUCCGCCACAUUUGAGAAGCCAAAUUGCUUUUAUUCUCCAGCCAGAUGUAGCGCCUGCCCCGCGGUCCCAGGGGGUCUGCCACGUCCCUCUCACCCCGGCGUCUCACAUGCGUCCCGGCCCUCAGCAGCGGUAUGGGCAGCUCCACAGGAGCCUCGUGGGGGGGAUGGAAGGGCUUUGUCUCUGUGCCCCCGCCGCCUCAAGGGGAGGCCCCAUAGAGCUCUUCCAUUGGCUGGGAACCCCUCCCCCACCCCCCAGCCUUUUCCCUUUGAUCACCAGCUUCGUUCUUCACGGACUUUUCUGGGACACUCCCUCGGCUGAGAGCCCACUGGAUCAGGAAGACCCAAGUGUGACUUGGGCGCCUGCAGUGGCUCCGCUCCAACCAAGGGCAUUGUUGUAGCCCCUUUCUCUGAGGCUGCUUUGAGAAUUACCGUGCGGAAACGCUUUGCAGACAGUGCUGCGCGAAUGCCGGCUGGGGUUGUUACUUGGCCUUCGCCAGCCACGGCCCUGGCUCAGGCAGAGAGCGGGUGGUUUUGGUCAGCCUCCGUUUCCCAAAGAAAACCGUCUCUGGAGGAGAUGGAUCCCGUCCUUAAUGCCCAGGACGUGACUGGGUGCAGAUGGGAGCCCAGAACGCUGCUUUCCACCCUCAGGGUCUGUCUGUGAAAGUCUCCAAUGAGGGCUGUCGUCCGUCCCGUUCCCCCCCCCCCCCCCCCCCCCCCCCCCCAGUGAGACUGCCCGGCAUGGCGGGGGACAGCCUGCUCGGCAGCAACGAGAACCAGCAUUCCCAGCCCGGCCGAGUUCCAUGGGGAACAAGGAGCUGCCGCCAGAGGGACACCAGCCUUCUGCCCACACCUGGGUGCUGCUAACCGGACUGAGCCGUUAAACACCGAAGCGAUGCUGGGGCGUCUGCAGCUGCCGGGAGCGCAUUGGUGUGCGCACAUUAAAGCCUGACCUAGAAGGUGUGAGUUUGCGGGAGCCGGCCCACCGUGCCCGUCCUCGGUGGAUCGAGCGUUAUCUGUGUGACCCAUCAUCCUGUGGCCGCCUCCCAGCGCCCCCACGGAUCUGUGGUCACGCUGUUGCCAGCGCUCCCGGGCGUCUAACAUCCUCACCCGCUUCUUCUAAUCUCGUCUGUCUUGUGUCUGCUGUGAAUUUGCUGUUGUUUGCAGAAAACUUUUCUAAUUGUGUAUAAGUUGUGAGAAUAAAAGGUGGAACCUUGA